UGGGUGUGUGAGCCUGACAGCGUGCGGUGGUGUGCGCCAGAACGCUCCUUCACUCUCGCCCUUCCCUCUCGCGGCGACCCAACCCAUUCGAGCUGACGAGGACACGGAAAAAAAAUAGACCUAACCUAACCGCCCUCGUGGCAUUAUCACCCAUCAGUUCUGGACAAUUAUGAGACAGUAAUAACGGUGGUGGGUUGUAAAUAGCACGCAGCACAUUUCAGGCCAAAAUUGAGUGACGCCAAAGAGCCGCCAUGUUGAAACACUCGGACACAUAGUGCGUGCGUGCGUGAGUGCGUGCGUGUGCCCCGACAGACAGCUACCAUGAGGCACGCCGCGAGUGACUCACCUCUGACUGACUCACACGCUCCUCAUUAGUGAAACUCCCAGGUGAGACAGGUGACCCGCUAACUCACCUGUACUCAUUAGGAAGCUUGAGUCAUCAGAGAGAAAGUGACCAAAGUGACUCGUAACCUCUCAGUGACUCAUUUAUGUGACCUGACCUGAUUGUGAGUGUGAAAAGUGACUCUGAGGAACGUGAGUCACUAAGAAAGCCAUUUGAAGUCAUCUGCGUCCUUCGAUCCUCAACAUUCUGCUCCCAGAUUACACACAAUCACCUGAGCACUUAAACAGACAACCAUGGGGCCCCACACCACGCCCACGCCGCCCAUGGUGCUGUUUAUCCUCCUCGUGGGCGUCCUGCUCCCGCCCCUCAUGAGCGUGGUUGGCGCGUGUGAGCCCGAGCAGCUGGUGCAGGGGUGCCGCCUGGAGGAGGGCGCCUGUGUGUGUGGCCUGGGCUGUGACACCGUGUUCCGCUUCGCCACGAGAGAGCAGUGUCAGGCGGCCCUCAAGGAGAAGGAGAAGGACCCGUGCGAGGACAACCCUUGCAGGAACGGUGGCGUGUGCUCCCAGACCCUGAGAGAGCCGGGCUACCAGUGCUUGUGUGUCAAUACAGGAUACUACGGGCGCGCCUGCCAUAAGAAAUGCCCCUCGCCCAAACAGUUCACGUCAGGGCUUGAUGCAAGGUUCCCUGUCGACUGCAUGGUCAUCUAGCCACCUCGACCACCACUACCAUCACCAGUACGACCACCACUACCGCCACUACCACCACUACUGCCAUCGCGCCACCACCGACUGAGACAACUACGAAAACGACAACACCAGCGUCGCGUUCAGCCAGUGCGGAGUAACAACAGCUGCGGAAACAAGGAUUUCUACACCACUACUAUUGUGUCCUUCAGCUCCGCCGCCGCCACCACCACCACCACCACCACCGCCAGCACCAGCGGGGAUAUAAUGCGCCAGAGCAAGACAAAUACCACGAAUAAGAUGAAAAAAAUGUUCAAGCAAAGGAAAACAUAAGACUAAUAAUAAUAAUAAUGACAUUUUGUAUGGAAAAGUAAUGUCCAUGUUCUCUUAUGUAAACUAUACUUAAUUUUAAAGCAAACCUUAGUCUGACUUCUUUUUAAAAGUUACAGAUUUACUUUGACAAAUUUCAGUGUAAAGUCUUUUGAAAACUAUAUUUCUUUAGACAAAUUUCAAUCUGACGUCUUCUAAAAACUAUACUUUUUUAAUUCAUGUCUCAAAAUCUAUAAUGUAACUCAAAACAAACUUAACCAUAACAUUUUAAAACUACAAUCUUUACUUCAGACAAAUCCAAACCAAGCGUUCUUAAACACACACACACACACACACACACACACACACACACACACACACACACACACACACACACAAAGUAUUCUGAAGACAAAGCAUUAAGUCCAAUGUGUUUAUAAUGACAUAAUUUACCUUCAGACAAAAAAAAAGAAAAAGAGCCCAACAAACCUCACGACACGUCCCUCGCUCUCGACAUAUAUUUUAAUACUUUUCUUCUUGUUGGGCGAGACUUUCCCUUCUGGCGUCGAUCACUGGUAGCCGCGGUGAAUCAUUGAGAGGCGCGCCAAUACCCUCGCGUGCAGGUCAGACCAGUCACUUUUCUCUCUCCUCGAUAAUAGAACACAAAAGGGCAGGAGGGGAGGGAAGCGCGCCCUUAGCAAAUCAUUUAUACACGAGCAUGGCCAACUUUUCUACCUUCCCUUACCUUCCGUACAUAGAGUAAAGCAAACAUCAAUGAAAAAUGCAUAAGUACCCCCUCGAAAGCACGGUAGGAAAUAGAAAAUGAGUCUCCAUCUCUUGACUUCCUAAAGAGUACACAACACACUUCGUUUUCUCUCCAUUCUCGGGUACACUCUUGUAUAAACAAACAAGACAAACACACCAAGGCGAAUCGCGGGUCAGAUCUCACGGACCUGACUCACUUCACGAAUAAAACAUGAAUAAAACACGAGGAAUAAUCAAACAGGUAAAAAAAAGGCGUAAGGGAAGAGCCGCGUGAAGUGUUCCGGGAAGAGCGUGGAGCGGGGAGCCUCGGGGCGGUACGCAGAGAAGCCCCGCGUCCCGUUUUCUGUGGAGCGAUGCGUGAGAGGCGGGGCGCAGGUUAAGAGGAAGAGGAAGGGAAUGAAAUAUCUUCACCUUUAAGCCAGUUGUGGGUUUUGCGUUACAUAAUAUCCAGUUAAAAAUAUGUAUUAUUCACAUUUUUAAGUCAAUUUUGUGUUAGAUAAUACACGUGAGGCUAGUCAAUUAUCAACACACGAUAUUUUUUUCCCUUACAACUAAAGACAAAACAAAACAAGCGUUAUAUAUAAAGGUAGAGAUAAACGAAAGUAAUAAGAAAAAACACACUGAACACUCUAAAGAAUCUAACAGGCGAAAAAAAAAAAAAGAAA